GUCCUCUCUCCUCGCAGCAUCAUACCUUUUUCCACGACAGAAACUGCAAUCAUGGAUGAGAUCGCAAAGGAGUACGAUGUCAUUGUGCUGGGCACUGGCCUGACUGAGUGCAUUCUCUCUGGUGUGCUCAGUGUCAAAGGCAAGAAGGUCCUCCACAUUGACCGCAACGACCACUAUGGCGGUGAGGCCGCAUCCGUGAACCUCGAGACUCUCUUCAAGAAGUAUGGCAAUGUCUCGGGAGACCAGCCAUGGAAGAAAUACGGCCGCGCCAAUGACUGGAACAUCGACCUGAUCCCCAAGUUCCUCAUGUCCUCGGGCGAGCUGACCAACAUCCUCGUCUCCACCGAUGUCACCAGAUACCUUGAGUUCAAGCAGGUCGCAGGAAGCUACGUGCAACAAGGCUCUGGCUCCAAGGCCACCGUCGCCAAGGUCCCGUCUGAUGCUGGUGAGGCGCUGAAGUCGCCCCUCAUGGGCAUCUUCGAGAAGCGCCGCAUGAAGGGCUUCAUCGAGUGGGUCGGUACCUUCGAUGCCAAGGACACGGCGACGCACAAGGGCCUGGAUAUCGCAAACUGCACCAUGAAGGAGGUUUACGACAAGUUCGGCCUUGAGGACGGCACUCGGGACUUCAUUGGCCAUGCCAUGGCCCUGUACCUUGACGACAACUACAUCACUGCCAAGGGCGUCGCUCCUGAGGCCAUCGAGCGCAUCCGCCUGUACGGAAACUCCGUCGCCCGCUAUGGCAAGUCGCCGUACAUCUACCCCCUGUAUGGCCUCGGCGAGCUGCCACAGGGUUUCGCCCGUCUGUCUGCCAUCUAUGGCGGUACCUACAUGCUGAAUACCAACGUCGAUGAGGUGCUGUACGAGGAUGGCGUGGCCGUCGGCAUCAAGGCCACCAUGACCGGCAUCGAGCCCGAGAUGAAGUUCGAGACCAAGGCCAAGAUGAUCCUCGGUGACCCAACCUACUUCUCCAGCAAGGUCAAGGUCACUGGCCACGUGCUGCGCGCUAUCUGCGUGCUCAAGCACCCCCUGACCGGAACCCACGACGCCGACUCUGCUCAGCUGAUCAUUCCCCAGUCCCAGGUCGGCCGGAAGAACGACAUCUACAUUGCCUGCGUGUCUUCCGCGCACAACGUCUGCCCCAAGGGCUACUGGAUCGCCAUUGUUUCGACCAUUGCCGAGACGACGGCCAACCACCACCUCGAGCUUCAGCCUGGCCUGGAGCGCCUUGGCAAGAUCGAGGAGCAGUUCUUGGGACCCCCUAUCCCACUGUAUGAGCCUUUGGAUGACGGCACCAAGGACAAGAUCUUCGUGUCCAAGAGCUACGAUGCGACCAGCCAUUUCGAGACCACCACUGAUGAUGUCAGGGACAUCUACCGCCGCUGUGCGGGUGAGGAGCUGAAGGUGGAGGGUCUGAGAGAGGGCAUCCAGGUCGCAGAGGAGUAGGGAGGAGCAGGUAUAAGAGAAUCCGAACGAGAUAUAGUUGGACGGAAGCAGUCACGGGACCAGUACUCGGGUUCAGGUCACCUCAAGAUGAAUACUACAUAAUGGGCGGAGACGGGGGCUUGGAGGAUGGCCCGUCAGAAGACUGAUCGAGAAGCACGAGCCUUGCUUGACUUUGUGUGAUAUUACAAGAAUUCUGCCUCGGGUGAUUCAACAAGAGAAACGCAACAUGUUCAUGGCUAUGAU